AUAAUUUUCACCAUUACAAUCUCGAGAAGGGGUGCAGAAUGGAUAUUUUUACCGAGGGGCAUUACAAGAGAAAUCGGAUACUCAUGAUAUCAGUGGGAAUUUGGCCGGAGUCUUCUAUAUUCUCCAAAAUAUUUGCCCGCACUUUUGCACUAGUUAUCUUGUUCAGCAUGUUACUACCUCAGUAUGCAUUUUUGAAACAACCGGAGCGAAAUAUAAGCGAUUUUGUUUCAGUCAUAGUAAAUGAAAUGGCAAUAAUUCUUGUAUGUAUGGAGCUAUGUUACGUCGCGUCAAACAUGAAAAAGGCCAUGUUUGAGAUGGACGAACCCGCUAAAAUGGCUGGAUUCCUCAUUUUUGCUGUUGGACAAAUCACACAUUUGUUGUUCCUGAGUAUUCCAGGGCAGGAAUUGUAUGAUCACAGUAGCCGAGUCUUUAAUACCAUUUACAGUACCAACUGGAUUAAAUUAUCCACUGAACACCAAAAAAUGAUCCUCAUUAUGCUGAUGCGAAGUAUGAACCCAUCGUACAUAACAGCAGGCAAUUUUUAUCGAAUGAAUGUCGAGAAUUUCAAAAAUUACGCCUUUCUGAAUCAGCCAGACAAACACUUGAAUGAUUUGAUAUCCUGUCUGAUAAUUCAAUUAGUUAUACUGACUGUCGUCCUGAAGAUAUGCUACAUUGCGUUGAAUAUGAGAAAGGUACAUACUCAAAGGCUUGCGAAACGAAUCUUAUUGGCAGAACUAAUCGAGUCAUCCUUCACAAUGAUGUUUGCAUUUGUAGUGCUGAUCAACAUGAUCCUGAUAAGUAUGACAGCCUUUGAGACAGUCUUGAAAGUGGACGACCCUGGGGAGACGGUGAGAUUCGUAUUGUUCAUUAUCGGACAAAUAGCCCAUUUGUUCUGCACGAGUUUACCCGGACAGGAAUUACUCGAUCACAGCAAUCGUGUCUUCACGGAUAUUUAUAACAGCAAUUGGUUCGACAUUGCUGGUGGAGAGCAAAGGAUGCUGCUGUUCAUGUUGAUGAGGAGUAUGAAGCCAUCCUACAUGACAGCCGGUAAAUUCUACACACUGCACAUUGAAAAUUUCAAAAAUGUACUGCGAACAUCGAUGUCAUACUUCACAGUAUUUCUGUCUGUUCGAUGA